UUGGACCAAAGCACCAGCUAGCCCUCCACCGCAACCUGAUGGACACCAAAACACUCCAACGGUCUCCUCCACAGCCCUGAAAGACUAUUUGCUGUGUUUCGGAUAGUCAGUGGACUGAAGUUUGCGCCGAAAGUUACAGUAGAUGUCUGUUAGUUUGUAAAGAAGUUAUUUUGAGAAACAGUCUAUAAAGAGGAAGACUUUAGGCAGAGAACGGAGGGACGCAGCUUUCCGUUAACUGGUUUCUAGCGCACAGCACCAUGAGCGUCCCGCUUUACGCACCGACUCCUAUCCAGCCGGCUCACCCGACACCCUUCUACAUCGAGGACAUUCUGGGGAGGACGGCCGCCACCACUACUUCACCAUCUUCUUCCUCCUCCUCCCCCUGCUCCACUCCAAUAAUUCCCACACCGACUCUCCCGUCGCCCAACUCCUCCUUUACAAGUCUCAUCUCACCGUACAGGACGCCGAUUUAUGAACCAACACCGAUCCACCCAGCACUGUCUCACCAUGCCGCUGCUGCGUUUACUGCAACGUACGCCUCCGCCGGGGCUUUCGCCGGCUCCAUCUACCCGUUCCACCACCAGCACCACCGCUCCAUGGGGGAGUACGCACAGGCGCUGCUGAGGCACGACCCUCUCGGGAAACCUCUGAUGUGGACUCCCUUCAUCCAGCGGCCCUUACACAAGAGAAAGGGCGGUCAGGUCCGGUUCUCUAACGACCAGACGAUCGAGCUGGAGAAGAAGUUUGAGACGCAGAAAUACCUCUCACCUCCGGAGAGGAAGCGACUGGCCAAGAUGCUGCAGCUCAGCGAGAGACAGGUUAAAACCUGGUUCCAAAACCGACGAGCGAAGUGGCGAAGACUAAAACAGGAAAAUCCUCAGGGAGGUAAGAGGGAGGUGGAGGAGGACAGCUCCGCCGGCAGGAGUAAAGAAGACGAGACAACCGAGCCUUGUGGGACCCAGAGCUCGGAGCAGAGACAGACAGUCCCGGCCUCCGAGCUGGCGCUGGCGGGCCGCUGCGUGCGCUCCGUGUCCCCGCAGCAGCAGCAGCAGCAGCAGCAGCAGCAGCAGCAGCAGCAGCAGCACACAGAGCUGGACUCUGACUUGUCAGAUGAUACAGACCAGGAGCUGGACAUAGAGGAUGACGAGUUCACACUAAACCAUUAGUCGUGAACCACAAGCUCCACACUGACACUGGAUCCACUUGGACAUUCGGAGCUGGAUAAUGAGGAUCAAUGGACUCCUCGGACACACCGGGCUGUUCAUGCAUAUCCGCUGGAGUCUUUUUUUUUUCCCGCAGAACGAGACAGGUUGAUAGACUAGCUUCUGAUGUAAUAUUUAGGUGAAAAAUGAAUCCCUAAAAUAUAACGUUUCACCAUCUUCUAGUGCCUUUCACACUGGACUGUGAUCUCUAUUGUAAACGUUUCUUGUUGUAUAUAAAGCAUGGCACUCUGCAGUAUUUGUGUUGAUUGUUUCUGUGUUGUCGAUCACUGUAAAUGAAUAGUAGUUGUCGUUGCUCAUAAGCCCACCAUGGGCAUUAUAAUGUGAUAUUUCAUUAAAUAAUCAAUGUAGCACACAUAA